AUGGGCAGCAAAAGGCGCAGUUUUCUGGUGUAUUUGGCGUUUAUAUUUUUCACUUUUUAUCUUUGCCAUGGAGACAUCAGUUAUUCUGUUCCAGAGGAAAUGAAACGUGGAUCCGUGAUCGGAAAUAUCGCGAAGGAUAUUGGACUGGAUUUGGGCAGGUUGUCCGCUCGCAGGGCGCGCGUGGACUCCGAGGACAAAAGAGUCCAGUACUGCAGCGUGAACCUGAACACGGGAGAGCUGGUUGUUCAGGAGAGGAUUGACAGAGAGGGCCUUUGUGCGAAGAAGACUUCAUGUAUUCUGAAACAGGAGCUCGUGCUGGAAAACCCUUUGGAGCUGCAUCGCUUUAAUAUCCGCGUACAGGACAUAAACGACAACGCACCACAGUUUAAAGAGGACACGCUUAAUUUUGAGAUCCGUGAAUUGGCUGAUAAGGGAGCACGAUAUCCAUUAGAUGAAGCUUACGAUGGAGACAUUGGGGAAAAUAGUGUUCAGGGUUACACCCUGCAAGACAACAAACACUUUGCACUGGACGUAAAAACAAAGAGCAAUGGCCGAAAGUAUAGUGAAUUAGUUUUGGACAAGGAGUUAGACAGAGAGGAAAAUAACGAGAUCACACUUGUGUUGACUGCGUUUGAUGGCGGCUCUCCUCAGAGAUCAGGCACAGUAGUCAUCCAUGUCACUGUUCUUGACGCUAAUGAUAAUGCGCCAGUGUUUAGUCAGACUGUGUAUAAAGCGAGUCUUCCAGAAAACUCUCCUCCAGAUACACUGGUUAUUACAGUCACUGCUACUGAUGCAGACGAGGGAAUAAACGGUCAAAUAACGUAUGGAUUUGAUCAUCCUUCGGAUGACGAUAAAAGUAUUUUUACUUUGAAUCCCUCCACUGGGGAGGUUAGAGUUGCUCAGUCUUUGGAUUAUGAAGAAGAAUCAUCAUAUGAAAUUCAAAUUAGUGCAAAAGAUGGACUUGGACUGGCUUCUUAUGCAACUUUAUUUGUUGAAAUUUUAGACAUAAAUGACAAUGCUCCUGUUAUAUUUCUGCAAUCACUGUCCAAUCAGAUCCCUGAGAAUGUGUCUCCUGGUACAGAGGUGGGCAUCAUUAAUGUACAGGACAGAGACUCAGAGAACAACAGACAGGUCCGCUGCUCCCUUCAGACUGGGGUCCCUUUCAAGUUAGUACCUUCCAUUAAAAACUAUUAUUCUCUAGUGACCACAGAACAGCUGGACCGUGAGCUAGUGUCUGAUUACAACAUUACAAUCAGUGCCACUGACGAGGGCUCUCCCCCUCUGUCCUCCUCUAAAACUGUCCACUUAACUGUAGCUGACAUCAAUGACAACCCUCCUGUGUUUGAGGAGCAGUCCUACAGCGCACAUGUGACUGAAAACAACAAACCUGGCUCCACUUUAUGUUCUGUUGCCGCUCGAGACCCAGACUGGAGACAAAACGGGACAGUGGUUUAUUCUCUGUUACCUGGUGAGGUGAAUGGGGCCCCAGUGUCCUCCUAUGUCUCUGUUAAUGGAGACACAGGGGUGAUCCAUGCUGUGAGGGCUUUUGAUUAUGAACACUUCAGGAGUUUUAAAGUCCAUGUGAUGGCCAGAGACAAUGGCUCUCCUCCACUCAGCAGCAACGUGACAGUCACUGUGUUUAUAUCUGAUGUGAACGACAACUCUCCUCAAAUACUGUACCCCACCCCGGAGGGGAACUCCUUCAUGACUGAACUGGUCCCUAAAGCUGCACAUGCAGGCUCUCUGGUGUCCAAAGUGAUAGCAGUGGACGCAGACUCUGGACAGAACGCCUGGCUGUCCUAUCACAUCGUCAAAUCCACUGAUCCUGGACUUUUUACUAUUGGUCUCCACAGUGGAGAGAUCAGGAGCCAGCGGGACAUCUCUGAGUCUGACAGCAUGAAACAGAACCUUAUUGUGGCAGUGAAGGAUAACGGACAGCCUCCUCUCUCUGCCACCUGCUCCAUGUAUUUACUGAUCUCUGAUAACUUGGCUGAAGUGCCUGAACUCAAGGACAUUUCUUAUGAUGAGAGGGACUCAAAGCUGACAUCCUAUCUGAUCAUUGCACUGGUGUCAGUGUCCACAUUUUUCCUCACCUUCAUUAUUAUUGUCCUGGGUGUGAGGUUCUGUCGCAGGAGGAAGCCCAGACUGUUGUUUGAUGGAGCAGUUGCAAUCCCCAGUGGUUAUCUGCCUCCUAAUUAUGCAGAUGUUGACGGCACAGGAACUUUACGCAGCACUUACAACUAUGAUGGAUACAUGACAACUGGAUCCAGGACAAGUGACUUUAAGUUUGUCUCGUCCUACAAUGACAACACACUGCCUGCAGAUCAGACACUGAGGAAAAGCCCCACUGACUUCUCUGAUGUUUUUGGAGAUUGUGAUGUCUCUCCUGAGUGUGACGAGAAACACUCCAUGGUGGAUUUAAAAAUGUCGUUGUUUCCGCUACUGGGAUUGUUCGUGUUUCUUCACUGGCUGGAUUUGACGCAGGGAGACUUGAGCUACACGCUUCCCGAGGAGAUGAAAAAAGGAGCGGUAAUCGGAAAUAUAGUGAAGGAUCUGGGUCUGGAGAGAGGUGCAUUAAGCCAAAGGAGAGCCCGUGUUGACACCGAGGGCUCAGACGAACGCUAUUGUGAACUGAACUUGAAAAAUGGAGAACUGUUUGUCGCAGCUUUUGAUGGCGGGUCUCCACAGAGAUCAGGGACCGUAGCCAUACACGUCACUGUACUGGACGCUAAUGAUAACGCGCCUGUGUUCAGCCAGGCCGUGUAUAAAGCCAGUCUGCCUGAAAACUCCCCUCUAGAUACUGUAGUGCUUACUGUUAGUGCGACUGAUGCAGAUGAAGGCGUCAACGAUACAAUAGCAGAAAAUACCCCUCCUGGUACAGAGGUGGGCAUCAUUAAUGUACAGGACAGAGACUCAGAGAACAACAGACAGGUCCGCUGCUCCCUUCAGACUGGGGUCCCUUUCAAGUUAGUACCUUCCAUUAAAAACUAUUAUUCUCUAGUGACCACAGAACAGCUGGACCGUGAGCUAGUGUCUGAUUACAACAUUACAAUCAGUGCCACUGACGAGGGCUCUCCCCCUCUGUCCUCCUCUAAAACUGUCCACUUAACUGUAGCUGACAUCAAUGACAACCCUCCUGUGUUUGAGGAGCAGUCCUACAGCGCACAUGUGACUGAAAACAACAAACCUGGCUCCACUUUAUGUUCUGUUGCUGCUCGAGACCCAGACUGGAGACAAAACGGGACAGUGGUUUAUUCUCUGUUACCUGGUGAGGUGAAUGGGGCCCCAGUGUCCUCCUAUGUCUCUGUUAAUGGAGACACAGGGGUGAUCCAUGCUGUGAGGGCUUUUGAUUAUGAACACUUCAGGAGUUUUAAAGUCCAUGUGAUGGCCAGAGACAAUGGCUCUCCUCCACUCAGCAGCAACGUGACAGUCACUGUGUUUAUAUCUGAUGUGAACGACAACUCUCCUCAAAUACUGUACCCCACCCCGGAGGGGAACUCCUUCAUGACUGAACUGGUCCCUAAAGCUGCACAUGCAGGCUCUCUGGUGUCCAAAGUGAUAGCAGUGGACGCAGACUCUGGACAGAACGCCUGGCUGUCCUAUCACAUCGUCAAAUCCACUGAUCCUGGACUUUUUACUAUUGGUCUCCACAGUGGAGAGAUCAGGAGCCAGCGGGACAUCUCUGAGUCUGACAGCAUGAAACAGAACCUUAUUGUGGCAGUGAAGGAUAACGGACAGCCUCCUCUCUCUGCCACCUGCUCCAUGUAUUUACUGAUCUCUGAUAACUUGGCUGAAGUGCCUGAACUCAAGGACAUUUCUUAUGAUGAGAGGGACUCAAAGCUGACAUCCUAUCUGAUCAUUGCACUGGUGUCAGUGUCCACAUUUUUCCUCACCUUCAUUAUUAUUGUCCUGGGUGUGAGGUUCUGUCGCAGGAGGAAGCCCAGACUGUUGUUUGAUGGAGCAGUUGCAAUCCCCAGUGGUUAUCUGCCUCCUAAUUAUGCAGAUGUUGACGGCACAGGAACUUUACGCAGCACUUACAACUAUGAUGGAUACAUGACAACUGGAUCCAGGACAAGUGACUUUAAGUUUGUCUCGUCCUACAAUGACAACACACUGCCUGCAGAUCAGACACUGAGGAAAAGCCCCACUGACUUCUCUGAUGUUUUUGGAGAUUAUUAUAACCAGAUAAUGGCCACAAACAAACGACAUUUUCUGUGGUAUUUGCCAUUUGUUUUUAUCAUUUUUGAUCCUUGUCAUGGAGACAUCAGUUAUUCUGUUCCAGAGGAAAUGAAACGUGGAUCCGUGAUCGGAAAUAUCGCGAAGGAUAUUGGACUGGAUUUGGGCAGGUUGUCCGCUCGCAGGGCGCGGGUUGUUUCCGAGGACAACGGAGUCCAGUACUGCAGCGUGAACCUGAACACGGGAGAGCUGGUUGUUCAGGAGAGGAUUGACAGAGAGGGCCUUUGUGCGAAGAAGACUUCAUGUAUUCUGAAACAGGAGCUCGUGCUGGAAAACCCUUUGGAGCUGCAUCGCUUUAAUAUCCGCGUACAGGACAUAAACGACAACACGCCGCAAUUCACCGACGACUCACUUAAAUUAGAAAUUCGAGAAUCAGCAGAUAAAGGCACGAAGUUUGUUGUCGGUGAAGCACAUGACGGAGAUAUAGGAGAAAAUGCAGUGCAGGGCUACACCCUUCAGCAAAAUGACAACUUUCAGUUAAUGUAUAAACCAAACUCUGCAGGACGAAAAUAUUGUGAGUUAAUUUUGGACAAAGAAUUAGACAGAGAGAGUAAUAACGAGAUCACACUUGUGUUGACUGCGUUUGAUGGCGGCUCUCCUCAGAGAUCAGGCACAGUAGUCAUCCAUGUCACUGUUCUUGACGCUAAUGAUAAUGCACCAGUGUUUAGUCAGACUGUGUAUAAAGCGAGUCUUCCAGAAAACUCUCCUCCAGAUACACUGGUUAUUACAGUCACUGCUACUGAUGCGGACGAGGGAAUACAUAGCGACAUCACGUAUGUAUUUGACCACGUGUCUGAUGAAAACAGUGAUGUUUUUUCAAUAAAUUCAAAAACAGGAGACGUGAUUGUAUCAGGCAAAAUUGAUUAUGAAAAAACGACUUCAUAUGAAUUGCAUAUUAGUGCAAAAGAUGGAUUAGGGCUGGUCUCUUAUUCUACAUUAAUGGUUGAAAUCACUGAUGUUAAUGACAAUGCUCCUGUCAUGAUCUUAAACUCCCUGACAAAUCAGAUCCCUGAGAAUGUGUCUCCUGGUACAGAGGUGGGCAUCAUUAAUGUACAGGACAGAGACUCAGAGAACAACAGACAGGUCCGCUGCUCCCUUCAGACUGGGGUCCCUUUCAAGUUAGUACCUUCCAUUAAAAACUAUUAUUCUCUAGUGACCACAGAACAGCUGGACCGUGAGCUAGUGUCUGAUUACAACAUUACAAUCAGUGCCACUGACGAGGGCUCUCCCCCUCUGUCCUCCUCUAAAACUGUCCACUUAACUGUAGCUGACAUCAAUGACAACCCUCCUGUGUUUGAGGAGCAGUCCUACAGCGCACAUGUGACUGAAAACAACAAACCUGGCUCCACUUUAUGUUCUGUUGCCGCUCGAGACCCAGACUGGAGACAAAACGGGACAGUGGUUUAUUCUCUGUUACCUGGUGAGGUGAAUGGGGCCCCAGUGUCCUCCUAUGUCUCUGUUAAUGGAGACACAGGGGUGAUCCAUGCUGUGAGGGCUUUUGAUUAUGAACACUUCAGGAGUUUUAAAGUCCAUGUGAUGGCCAGAGACAAUGGCUCUCCUCCACUCAGCAGCAACGUGACAGUCACUGUGUUUAUAUCUGAUGUGAACGACAACUCUCCUCAAAUACUGUACCCCACCCCGGAGGGGAACUCCUUCAUGACUGAACUGGUCCCUAAAGCUGCACAUGCAGGCUCUCUGGUGUCCAAAGUGAUAGCAGUGGACGCAGACUCUGGACAGAACGCCUGGCUGUCCUAUCACAUCGUCAAAUCCACUGAUCCUGGACUUUUUACUAUUGGUCUCCACAGUGGAGAGAUCAGGAGCCAGCGGGACAUCUCUGAGUCUGACAGCAUGAAACAGAACCUUAUUGUGGCAGUGAAGGAUAACGGACAGCCUCCUCUCUCUGCCACCUGCUCCAUGUAUUUACUGAUCUCUGAUAACUUGGCUGAAGUGCCUGAACUCAAGGACAUUUCUUAUGAUGAGAGGGACUCAAAGCUGACAUCCUAUCUGAUCAUUGCACUGGUGUCAGUGUCCACAUUUUUCCUCACCUUCAUUAUUAUUGUCCUGGGUGUGAGGUUCUGUCGCAGGAGGAAGCCCAGACUGUUGUUUGAUGGAGCAGUUGCAAUCCCCAGUGGUUAUCUGCCUCCUAAUUAUGCAGAUGUUGACGGCACAGGAACUUUACGCAGCACUUACAACUAUGAUGGAUACAUGACAACUGGAUCCAGGACAAGUGACUUUAAGUUUGUCUCGUCCUACAAUGACAACACACUGCCUGCAGAUCAGACACUGAGGAAAAGCCCCACUGACUUCUCUGGUUUUGGAGAUUGUGAUGUCUCUCCUGAGGUAAGGAAUUGA